AUGGCCGACUUGGAGGCAGUAUUGGCCGAUGUCUCCUAUCUGAUGGCCAUGGAGAAGAGCCGAAGUCAGCCGGCGGCCAGGGCCUCAAAGAAAAUCAUCCUACCCGAUCCUAGGUAAUGCUUGAUUUAAUUUUACCAUAAAAUUCAUCAUUUUUAAUUUCACUGUCGAAUAUUUUUAAUUUUAUUGUACCGUGCAAUGUUUUAAUUUUUCUGCACCGUGCAAAAAAAUUUGUUUUUUAUUACUGUGAAACUUAAAGCGUAUUUUCGGCAAAAAUAUUGUCAUAAAAUUUAUUCCAUACUAAUAUAAAACUACUAAAGCAAUUUUUACUUUUAAUACUUCAUAAAGAACGGCACAGUAAAUUUUUUAAAAAACAAUGCACCGUGCAAUCCAAAAAAGUUUUGCACCGUGCAAACAAAUUGUGGUUUUUUUGUCAUUUUAUCGGUUGUAAAAAACGUUUUUGCACCUAGUUCCUAAAAUUUGGUUUGAGAGGGGGCACAAAGUUAUUUGAGAAACCUUAUAAUACCAAAAAUCUUCAUUAACAGAAGCUUUUUAUCUUAUUUUAUAUGAUUAUGCUGUAAUAACAUGUUAUCGUUUCAGCGUACGAAGUAUCAUGCAAAAGUAUCUCGAAAAAACCGGUGAAAUUCGAUUCGAAAAAAUUUUUAAUCAACGUCUCGGCUUCUUGUUAUUGAAAGAUUUCGCGGAAAAUGUGUCCGAAACGUCGUGUCCACAGAUCAAGUUCUACGAGGCGGUAAGUGUUACCUAAAUUUUAAAAUUCGGUUUCAAAUUUUAAAAUUCAGUUUGAAAAGACGAUCAAAAUGAUACCUAAAACGUCCAGAUCAGUAGCGUAGUUUUUGAGUUCGAAAUGGUUGAAUUUCGAUAUGGUAGUAGGUCAUUUUGAUGGUCUUUCUUUGUUUUAAAAGCAAAAACCAAUUGAAAAAUAAGACCAAUACCUCUUAGAGAGUUUUCCAUUCCUUUUUCCUUCUUUGUAUAUCAAAUAACAUUGUUAUUACAUCUUAAAAUGGCAGUUUUACCUCAAAGUCGACCAAGAAACAACUACUAUCUUUGAAUUUUCACAUUAACAAACAGCUAAAAACUGGUCAAACUUAUGUUUAAAUUAAAGCUCAUAUAGCAUUUUAUCCUUUUCUAUACCUCAUCUUACCUUUGACAUCAAUUUUACCACGUUUUAAUUAAUCUAAAAAACCGUGCACAGCAUGAUGAAUAUUGCAGCUUCCUGCCACAUUCCGCUUUAUAUCUUUUGAUCGACACAUCACAUUGUUCUAUGAUUUGUAUGCCUAAAUUCAAAAUAAAAAGACGAUUAAAAUGAUACCUAAAACGUCCAAUGCCGUGAACUCGUUUUUGAGCUUGAGCAUGCAACUUUUCGAUAUUGUAGUAGGCCAUCUGAUCGGGUUUCAAGCCGAAAAUCCUUGAAAAAGUGGGGGAAAAUACCUGAAAGUUACAAUUUGAGUUAGGAUUAUGUUAGAUAGAUUAAAAAUGACGUUGUAAACAUAAAAUGAAGGCAGACCUUCUUAGUUUGACAUCAAAAAUAUUGUUUUAGAUAAAAGAAUACGAAAAAUUGGAAACGCCAGAAGAGCGAUUGUCCAAAGCCAGAGAAAUCUACGAUCAUCACAUCAUGGUGGAAAUGCUGGCUCAUUCCCAUGUAAGUUCUUUGAGAAAUGGCAUAAUUUCCAAAAAAAAUUAAUUUUUGAAAAUUUUAAUUUAAACUUUCAGCACUACACAAAAGACUCAUUACAACAUGUGCAGAAGAACUUGAUGAAGAAUAUCGUUCCUCCUGACCUUUUUAUGGUAAGUUUUAAAAAGAAUGGCACAAUGAAUGUUUUAAAAAUGACUGCACUGUGCAAUGUUUUAAGCUUUUGCACGGUGCAACAAAUUUUAUUUUUUUGCGCUGUGCAAUUGGAGGCGUAUUUUAGGUAACAAAUAUGUGUCUGCCUUUUAGGCUAGACCAAUAAAAAGCUAUUAAAUUCAUUUUCACAUUGAUAGCUUUAAAAAGAAUGACACAGUGAAUUUUUAAAAAAUGACUGCACUGUGCAAUCUAAAAAAGCCUUGCACAGUGCAAAAAGAAUUGAGGUUUUUCGUCAUUUUAUAGUUUGUAAAGAAAGUCUUGCUAUUUUUCAUUCUGUAAAGAAAGUUCGUGUCAUUUUAAACUCUGUAAAGAAAUUCCUUGCAAUUUUUUUUUCUUGUAAAGAAAGUUCAUGCCAUUUCAGCCCUAUGUAACGGAGAUCUGUGAACAAUUAAAAGAAGACGUCUUCCCCAAAUUCCUUGAAAGCGACAAGUUUACCCGGUUUUGUCAAUGGAAAAACCUCGAACUGAACAUGCAAUUGACGAUGAACGACUUCUCAGUGCAUCGUAUCAUUGGUCGAGGAGGGUUUGGUGAGGUUUAUGGUUGCCGAAAAGCUGAUACUGGAAAGAUGUACGCUAUGAAGUGUUUGGACAAAAAAAGGAUUAAACUAAAACAAGGUGGGUUUUGAUAUUUGAUGUAUAUCUACCCCUACCCCAUACCCAAUGCAACCUCCCCCUUACCUCAUACCCCUACCUCUACCCCUAGAAAACAACUAACUACCCCUUCCCAAAACUCCACCCUGCCUCAAAAAUCUACCCCUCCUCAAAACUACACGCUCUCUCAAAAAUCUACCCCGCCUUAAAAAUUAAAAAAAUGACCCCAUUUUUACCCUACCAAUAUCAUUUCACCCCCCCCCCAUACCUCACCCGGUCUAUUUUUACCCUACUACACUUACCCCCACGGAGUUUUACCCCCGUACCUCACACCGCCUAUUUUUAUCCUGCUCCUAUCAUUUUUACCCCCCCCCCUACCUCACCCCGCCUAUUUUUACCCUACCCUACCAAAACUUUUCUUACAAUAGUCAUACUGUAUCCUCUUCAGGUGAAACCCUAGCCCUAAACGAGCGUAUCAUGUUGAGUUUGGUGUCGACCGGUCAGGACUGUCCAUUCAUCGUCUGCAUGACCUACGCUUUCCAAACCCCGGACAAGCUCUGCUUCAUCCUCGACCUAAUGAACGGCGGUGAUCUACAUUACCAUCUCAGUCAACAUGGCAUCUUCAGCGAGCAAGAGGUCACCUUCUACGCGGCCGAAGUCAUUUUAGGCCUAGAGCAUAUGCACAAUCGGUCAGUCGUGUACCGUGACCUGAAGCCGGCCAACAUUCUGUUGGACGAGAAUGGGCAUGUCAGAGUAUCGGACUUGGGCUUGGCAUGCGACUUUUCGAAAAAGAAACCUCAUGCUUCGGUCGGUACGCAUGGAUACAUGGCUCCAGAAGUACUGGCCAAAGGUGUGGCCUAUGAUUCGUCGGCCGAUUGGUUCUCGUUUGGAUGCAUGUUGUACAAGCUCUUGAAGGGACAUUCACCUUUCAGACAACACAAAAGCAAAGUUGUAGGUUAUCUUUGGAGUUGGGGGGGUAGGGUAGAGUAGGCGGGGUAUUGGAAAGGUACAGUUGGGCUAAGACGGGGGGGCUUGCAAAGGUACGGCAGAGCUAGAGCAGGGACUUGAAAGGGUACGGUAGGGCUAGGGGAAGGAGUUGGUAUAGUACGUUAAGGAAGGAUACGGUAGGCGAGGUACAGUACGGCGUGUUAGAGGCAAGGUAAAGUAAGGUAGUGCUAGGAUAAGGCACGGUAGGGGCCAAAGUAAGGUACGGUACAGGCUAAUAUAAAGUACGGUAAUGUUAAAGUACGAUACGGUAAGACUAAAGUAGUGGUAUCACGAGCUAACGUAGAGUAAGGUCGGGUAGAAAAAGGUAGGGUUGGGCAGGUUUUGUAGGCUUGGGUAGUGUAGGGUAAGGCAGGUUGGGUAAGGUACAGUACGGUACGGUAGCGCUAAUGUAAAGUACGAUAGGGCUUGGGAAGACUAACAUAAGGCACAGUGGGGGAAAUUAAGGUGUGGUAGGGCUAGUAUACAGUACGGUAAUGCAAAAUUAUGAUACGGUAGGAUUAGGGUAGGGGUAUUGCGGUAACGUAGGGUGCGAUAGGGCUAAAGGAGAGCACAUUAGGGUCUAAAUAAGGUACAGUAGAGUUAACGCAAGGUUGAGUAGGACCAGGGUAGGGGGUGUCAUAGACCUAAUAUAGGGUUAGCUAGGGUAGUGUUUGGCAGGGUAAUGUACAAUUGCGUACAGUAGAGUAGGGUAAUGCAGGGUAGGGCGGGAUACGAAAUAAUUUGACUUUACCUCAUCAGUAAUACCCAUGCCCCCAGCUCUACCCAUACCUUGUCACCUAAACUAUAUUUACCUCUGCCCUUACCCAUGUCCUUAAUCUUACCCUCAACCCUACUUCUACCCCUACCCUUCCCCGCCCUUACCUUUGCUCUUACCCGUACUCUGCCUUCACCCCCGCCCUUACAUUAAUAUACUUACUAAACUUUUCGAUCUUUCAGAGCCAAGACAAGAACGAGAUUGACAAAAUGACCCUAACUCAAGACAUCGAGCUCCCAGAUCAAGGUUUCACGCCAGAUUGUCGUGACCUCCUCGAAGGACUGCUGAAACGCAGCGUGCACGAACGACUAGGCUGUCGAGGCCGUGGUGCUGAAGAGGUACGAACCCACCCCUUCUUCAAGGGCGUGGACUGGCAGGUGGUGUACCUCCGCCGAAUGACCCCACCCCUAAUUCCGCCUCGAGGCGAGGUGAACGCGGCCGAUGCCUUCGAUAUUGGCAACUUUGACGACGACGAGGUGAAAGGCGUGAAGCUUCAAGAAACUGAUGCUGAGAUGUACAAAAACUUCAACAUUACCAUAUCCGAGCGAUGGCAGAACGAAAUCGCCGAAACUGUAUUCGAUGUUGUGAAUCAGGAUGCUGAUAAGAUUGAAAUGAAGAAAAAGAGCAAACAAAAAGCUAAGCUGGCGGCCGAUGAGAAAGGUAAGGCUUGUAAAGAAAGUUCUUGCUAUUUUUUGAUUUGUAAAGAAAGUUAUUGUCAUUUUAAGAUUUUUAAAGAAAGUUAUUGCCAUUGUGUGUUUUGUAAAGAAAGUUUCUGCAAUUUUUUGGUCUGUAAAGAAAUUUCUUGCCAUUUUAUGUUUUGGAAAGAAAGUUCUUACCAUUUUAAGUAUUGUAAAGAAAAUUCUUGACAUUUUGAAUUUUGUAAAGAAAGUUUCUGUCGUUUUUUGCAGUGUAAAGAAAGUUUUUGCUAUUUUGGCAUUGGAAAGAAAAUCUUUGCCAUUUUUUUGAACUGUAAAGAAAGUUCUUGCCUUUUUUUGCUUUGUAGGGAAAGUUCUUGCAAUUUUCUCAACAUAAUAUUGAUUUUGUUGUUUUGCAGCCCGCGGGUGACAUAUUAUACGAUAAAUUACAUAUUUUUGGUUUGGAAAGAAAGUUCUUGUUGUUUCCUGUUUUGUAAAGAAAGUUCUUGCGAUUUUAUGCUUUGGAAAGAAAGUUCUUGUCAUUUUUUACUUUGUAAAGAAAGUUCUUGCUACUUUUUAUAGAUCACUCCGUAUUUUACCUUCUUUUUUCAGAUUCUGACGUCAUUGUUCACGGCUAUAUCAAGAAGCUUGGCGGACCAUUCACAUCAGCUUGGCAAACCAAAUACGGCAAACUAUACCCCAGUCGAUUCGAAAUUUACGCCGAAAACCUGGGCGGUAAACCUGAUGUAAGUACUUUACUAUAUACUACUCAAAAACCGCAUAUUUUUUAUUUUGUUCUUGCACCGUGCAACCAAUUUACUGACUGCAUGGUGCAAUUUGUUGAAAAAAUUUUAAAAUUCAAUUUUUUGAAAAAUUGAAAAAAAAGAAUGGUUCUUGUGGUCUUAAAAACAUUUUUGUUUUACAAAUUUACUUAUGUCAUAAAAAUAAUGGCAGUUUUAGUCUAUUUUGUGCUGACUUUGGGUCAUUUAUUGGCUUGCACCGUGCAAUCAAAAAAUGACUGCACAGUGCAGUUUUCUGUUUCAUUUUUGAAGUUUUUUAAAAAAUCCAAGUUGAUAGAGAUGUUCAUUUUAAUUUUAAAAAUACUUUUUGUUAACCCAGUUUCAAUAUAUUUUAGGUAACAAAAAGUUAUGACACAUUUUAGAUCUCAUUGUAGUUUCAGCUACCUCUAUAGCUUGUGAUCUCAAAAACCUAGGUUUAAAGUGUCGAUAAGAACAAAUUGUGGUUUCUGAUAGAAGCAUAUUAAACAUCUUUUGUCACAAAAACACAAAACAUAAUGAAUUUUGGUUUCAGCUGGUGUUUAUGGACCAAAUGGAGGAAGUUGCGGCCGAAUUACAGCAAGUGAAAGGCGAAAGCGCCAUCGUUAUUCGGCUACGGGAGGGAUUCAAGGAAAACAAAAUCAUCUUAACAAAUCAGGUAUGAUAAAGGGGCGUUUUAUCUUUGUUUUGACAAAAUUUGGGGAAAUUUUGUCAAGUUUGAGGUAUAGAAACAUCAAUUUAUAGGUAUACCAUCUCAUUUUUGGCCAUUUUUUCCAAAAUUUCAAUCUGUUUCAGGACGAAAUCUCGCUGAAAGAAUGGCACACGUCCCUGCGAACCGCCCAUCGUGUUAGCGCCGAACUGUUGGCACGCAUGGGCAAGAAGGCCAUUAAAAUCUACGGCAUCAACCACGACCCAAUGCUCAACGAAAACGAACGGCCCGGCUCGGUGAAUCGCAUGCUGAUGAAUCGAGCUUCGUCCGUGGAUUCGGGAAUUUGA